AUGGAGGCCGACCCUAUACACACGGCUUCUCCUGUCGGCGAGGCCAAUCCUCGAAAUCUUCCGAAACAGCGUUCUCGCGCUGUCAGCAUCACCAAUCCAAGGGACAAUGUGACCAUCCUCUUGCUGCUGGUCAUAGCAAUCUUCAUUCCUCCACUUGCCGUGCUGUGCAUCACUAGCUGCGAUGGCCAGUUCGUACUGAAUCUCGGCCUCGAACUCCUCACCUUUGGAAUCGCAAGCUUCUUCCAUGCAGUCUGGGUUAUUCUCUACUACGGCAAAGGUGGCCAUCUCACCUGGGGACAACGGAGGAAGCUCGAGCGGCAGAGGCCCGCCAGGGCUCUCGAAUUUCCAGCAGAUCCUCAGCCCCCGCAGGUCCGCAACGAGGCAUACGCCGAUGCUCCGGCGUACAGCGACUACGGUGGGGGCCAUGGCGGCGACUCAAAGUUUGCGUGA